ACCCGAGAACACUUGCAAAUGUGUGCAAAAAUGAUAAUUCCGCUGGUAUUCCUUAUCGGGUUCGCCGCGGCCGGCAACUUUGGCUCCUCGUCCAGUGAGUCGUGCGAAGAUGGUAACGGUGGAGGAAGACCUAGGCCAGGAAAUGGUGGUGGAAGGCCACCUGGAAAUGGAAAUGGAAAUGGAAAUGGAGGGGGUCGCCCCACAAAUGGUGGCUGUGAUGCUGGCUGGCGUCGAUUCAACCGUCCAAACGGUGGCUGGUGUGUCCGAGUAUUCGGUGCACGUAUGACUCAAGCCGAUGCACAAAUCCAAUGUCAAUCCUAUGGAGCUACACUUUCUAGUCUUCAGAACAUGGAGGAAGCCCUGCAAAUUAACAACAUGGCUCUAUCCGUGAUCAAAGCCAACACCGGAUCCGUGUGGAUCGGAGCCAAAAGAACCACGGCUUGCCUCAAACAAUGGCUAUGGACAAAUGGAUGCGGUAGACAGAACUCCUUCGCUUGGACUGAUGGCUCAGCGACAGGAGUUGCCGGAUUUGUGUGGGACAACUUACAGCCGGAUAACGAUGAGCUCAAGCAGCCGUGUGCGGUGAUGCUGGCUGCAAGAGCCGCCGUUACCUGGGGCGGCAAAUUCUGGCAACCGGCCAUGCUGGAUGAUAACAACUGCAUGUUUGAUCUGGAGGGGAAACAUCCGAGAUCAGUGUAUGGAUAUGUUUGUGGAAAGAAUAGCAGAGCAUAAUUUAUUUGAUCCUGUGUUCAAUUACAUAAAUCGUUAAUGUUUUAAAAA